CGCACACAUAGCACGGCGAUGUUGGCGAUGGCGUUCUCUGCGUGUGGCAGCGGCAGUCGGCCGUCAGCACGGCUGGCCGUGGUGCUUCUGGGGCUGCUCGCCCUGGCGAUCAACGUCCAGCCAGCUGCGGGUCAAGUUUACAUCCCACAAGUGAACAACGACCUUGGGCAGACGUCCCGCGUGAGCGUCCACAGCAACUUCUGGCAGUCCUUCAAAGUGCACAGGGAUGGCCGUGUUGGGCGCGUGCUCCUGCGCCUGGGCGCACUGUAUUACGGCUUCACAGCAACCGUGAAAUUCCGGGAAGGAGAGGGUGGAACGGUGCUGGACACCGCUGAAGUGUACCUUGCGGGGUUGAAUAACAACGAUCCUGUCCCUCGCACCAGCUUCUACAUGGCCACAAAGCCGCAAGUGUAUGCUGGACGCACUUAUUCUGUCAGCAUUGACUGCAGCGGGUACGGCUGUGGUGCCGUGUACUCAACCAGCAACCCAUACACAGAGGGCAUGAUCAGGGAACGCUCUGGUCAAAGAUAUGACGACAUCGACUUCCGCGUCGAUUUCGUGUAUGACUUCUGCUCCGACCCGCUGUACACGCCAACUGGGGGCUCGUGCACGUAUCUCACCGUCUGCCCCGCAGGCCAAUACGCAGCCACGCUCGCAACCACAACCACCGACAGGGUGUGCGGCCCGUGCGAGGACGGCACGUUUACGGAUGCGCCAAACCAGGCCGAGUGCAGCACACCAACGCCGUGCACCGCAUCCCAGUUCCAAACAGCAGAGCCAACCAUCAUAUCAGACCGCCAGUGUCAGGAAGCGAGCACGUGCGAUCCAGACACAGAGUACAAGACGGCAAACCACACCGCGACCGAAGACACGGCUUGCACGGCGCUGACGGUGUGCGGGUCCUCCCGCUACGAGACAGUGGCUGCCACGCCAACAUCGGACCGCGUGUGCAUUGACAAGACAACAUGUGACCCACAGUUUGCGUAUGAGACGCAUCCCGGCACGGCCACGACUGAUCGCGAGUGCUCUCCCCUCACCAUCUGCGCUAUCGGCGAAUACCAGAGUGUGUCGCCAACAGCCACGACAGACCGCAACUGCAGCACCUGUCUUCCUGAAACAUACAAGACGGUGACGGGGCCCGCGUCGUGUGCGCCGUGCCUCCAGUGCGAGACUGACGAGUACGCAUCUGUCGAGUGCACCCCGUCAACAGCGCGCGUGUGCGCCGACUGCUUUGGCGAAUGCUCCGACGGUUUCCACGUCAACGGAGAGUGCACGAGCAGCGGUACGCGCAUCUGCGAGCCCUGCUUGACGGCCGACGACUGCGACACGGGCUACUUCCUUAGCGGAGACUGCGAACCGCCGAGUCUCCAGGGCCCCGUGUGCAAAAAGUGCCACGAGUCGUGCGCUUCGUGUACCGAUGACGCAGCCACAUCCUGCCUCACGUGCAUCCCCGGCUACGCCUACCACAACGAUACAAUGCGCUGCGUGUCAGAUUGCGGUCCAUCUCUCUUUGAAGGCGACGGCAUCUGCCGUGCCUGCAGCGGCGCGUGUGGCGAUGACUGUGUUGGCGCUGGCGAUGAUGACUGCCGCACUUGCAACAACCCGGCGCACGGCGUGACAAAUCUGCCAACGCAGGACCAAACGUGGCUGUUUGUGACGGACAAGGCAACCGCUGCCGGCCGCUGCGUCAGCAACUGCCCAGACGACCACUUCCUUGACGAGACAGCAGGAAUGUGUCGUCCAUGCAAAGUGUGCAAACCCGGCACGUUCAUCAGUGCAAGCUGCACCGCUUUCGAGGAUGCGGAGUGUUCUCCCUGCACCCUCGACGUCACCUUCUCAGACAUGAACAACACCCGCUCGUGCAUCGCCGUGUCCCCGUGUGGGAUCGGCGAGGAGACGGCCGCUGCGCCGACAACAUCAAGCGACCGCGCGUGUGCUCCCUGCGAGGCUGAGACGUACCAGGACAUGCCCGAGCAGGAGGAGUGCAAGCCUGUGAGCGUGUGUGCUCAGGGAGAAGAGUUUGUGUCGCAGGCAGCAACAACCUCAACAGAUGUGCAGUGCUCGCCUAUCACAGCGUGCAAGGCAGCCGAGUACCAGCAGCAGGCGCCGACAUACACCUCUGACCGCGUGUGCGGACGCAUCUCUGUGUGCGAUCCCGGAACAUACGAGCUCAAGCCCCCAACAGCGGUGUCGGAUCGCGUGUGCGUGCCCUGCCCGGCAGACACAUACCAGGACGGGCCAGGUGCCACGUCGUGCAAGCCUGUGCGCAGGUGCACUGCGUCCCAGUUCCAGCUGCGCAACUACACGGCAACAGCAGACCGCGUGUGUUCAGCCAUCAGCACGUGCGGUGCCGGCGAGUGGGAGUUCUCCGUGCCAACAGCCACCUCCGACCGCGUGUGCACGGAUGCCGUCCAGUACUGUGCCGUGUACCCGCCAAACACAGAUCAGGAGUGCGUGCGUUGCAACCCUGGGUACCACCUGACCGCCGCGGACACGUGCACCGCUUGCUCCCCCGGGUUCACCUGCGAUGGCCUCAUCACCACGCCCUGCCCGCGCGGGCACUACCAGGACAAGAGCGCACAGACGACUUGCAAGCCGUGUCCCCCUGGCAGCAUCACCAGCGGCGCGGGUCAGCCCGUGUGUGCGGCGUGUGUGGGCGCCACGUAUCAGCCAUUGCCGGGCAAGUCGUCAUGCAACCCCAUGCUGACUGGGCACUACGGCGUUCGCAACGAGACGUUUGCUUCGCUCUUCACCGCGUUUGACGUGGGCUACAUUGCCCAGGAGCCGUGUGCUGCGGGCUCCGAGUGCGUUGAUGGCGUGGAUUUGCUGUGUGUGCCCGGCACGUACAGCACGGGCGGCGCGGCUGCGUGCAGCCCCUGCGGUCCAACGGGGUUCUCGCCCGUGUCCGGGUCCACCUCAUGCUUCAACAUCUCCGAGGGCUGGUACGGCGACGGCCCCUCUGCGAACGUGUUCAGCAUGAUCCAGCCAUGCCACACGGGCCACUACUGUCGUGGCGGUGUGGAACACCCGUGCCCUCGCGGCACGUACCAGCCGCUGACAACCCAGGGCGCGUGCACGCCGUGUGGCGCAAACGCUUUCAACCCAAACACGGGCAGCGCUUCUGUGGCCGCGUGCCGUGCCAUUGAUGGAGGGUUUUACGGCACUGGUGAGGAUGAUGCGCAUCCUGGUCAGAUGCCGUGUCCUCCAGGUCACCAGUGUGUGGGCGGUGUUCGGUAUGCGUGUGCUGCCGGCACGUACCAGCCGCUCGCAGCGAAGACGUCUUGUCUCCAGUGCGACGCGUCGUGUCAGCUGGGAGAAGUGGUUGACACCGCGCGUGUGUGCGACGCCGUGUCUGGCGUUGCCGCAUGCAUCGAUGUGUCGCCACCAACCAUCACCCUGCGUGGCAGCCCGUCCGUGCGGGUGCGGGUUGGGCAGACGUUCGAUGACCCCGGUGCGACGUGCUUUGACACGCGCGACGGCACGCUCGCCUCAAACCGCACCACGCCGCUGCUAGCCGCUGUCGGCACAUACACUCUGACAUACAUGUGCGUGGACGCUGCUGGCCUGGAGGCCGAGACGACGCGCAGUGUGACGGUCUAUGACGAUGUCCCACCGGUGGUGGUGCUGAGGGGUGGUGCCACCAUCAAGAUCAUCCAAUUCGAUGACUACGUUGAGCCAGGCGCAAACGUGACAGACAACGCAGACCCCAACGUCAAGCUUGAGUCGUCUGGUGAUGUGGAUGCAUCCACACCCGGCACGUACACCAUCACCUUCCGCGCCGCAGAUACAUAUGGGAACGAGGCCUCGCCCGUCGUUCGCACCGUCAUUGUCCUCGACAUUGAUACUGAGACCACGGCGCAGCUGGCUGCAAACGACGCGUACAGCACGACGCUGAAGAGCACAGGGGACCGCUUGCUGGCCGAGCGCGCAGCACGACGCGCGUAUCUCCAGAACAACGGCGGCCAGGACCUCGAUGUCGUCGUCCAGGCUGCUGAGAGCCACUACACGUCGCAGCAGAGCAGUUCGUCCGACAGCACGAGCGCGGCGUCCACGACGAUUAUCGCCAUUGGCGCCGCGGCCGGCGUCGUCGUCAUUGCCCUGAUCGUCGUCAUCUUCGUCAUCCGCAGCAACAGCAAACACGCGCGUGUGACCAACAUGUCCAUGCCAUAUGCCAACCCUGCCUUUGAUGCGGCCGGUGGCUACGACAACCGCACGAUGAUGGUCAACACGGCCGAGUUUAUGAAGCAACAGCGCGGUGCGCGUGCCAUGCCGCCGCCACCAGACUACCAGCCGUCGUCCUCUGUCUACUAUUCGUCCGUGAAUGAACCCGACAACACGUACGAUUACGCCAAUCCCGCGUUGAGCCGUGCUGCAGCGAGUGCAGGAGACACAGCCGUCUACGGGUUUGCCGACGACACAACUGGCAACACCAGCACCAAGGCCUCAAAGGGCCUGCCUUCCAACGACGCAUCCCGGGCGGACGAGGGCGAGCGCUACGAGGCGCCCGUCGCCUCCUUCAAGCGAAAACAAUCAGCGCUUCCACCCAGCGUCGACGCUGACCCGAACCUGCAAGUGUACGGCGGGUCGGAGGCGCUCCCAGACAUGGCCGUGUACGGGGAGGCAAACACAGACUCGCACGAUGACGACGGUGAUGACGACUACGCGGCUGUCACCGAUCCUGAUGUGACCGCGAAGGACACGGGGGUGGACCACGCGUACGACACCAUUGAGCAGGAGGGACAGGCGCAGUCUGUGGCGACGAUGCUGGCAUCGACCGAUGCGACUGACACCGUACCGGCUGCUGCUGUGGAUAUGGAGGAUUACACGGACACUGUCACCAAGGAGGGUGACUACGAUGUGGCCCUCAUCUCACAGCAAGAGUACGGUCGCACGCAGCCACUGACGAAGGAAGUCCACGAGCAGGUGACGAAGACAAUGAGCACGUGGUUCCAGCCGCGUCUCUCGCGUGACGAGGCCCGUGCCCUUCUGUCCUCUCGACCGAUUGGCACAUUUGUUGUGCGCAAGAGCAGCCGCGCCGGCAGCUACGCCAUCAGCGUCAAGGCAAAGGAGAACAAGAUUUGGAACGGCCUGAUUGACCCGUGCGAGGAAGGAUACACCUUCAACAACCGCUCCCGCGUGUUCUCCACCGUCGCAGACGUGAUUGUGUACUGUCACGACGAGGCAAAAGCCAAGAAGAUGGGGCUUCCCCUUGGUCUUGUUCUCCCAGAAGGCGAUUACGAUUGCUGAAUGACGUGGUGACAGGCGUCUUGUUUUGACGCCAUCUCCACUCGGCACACCUCUCAUGGUGCUGUCACUGUUGGCCCCGCGUGCCUACGCCUUUCUUUGCUUGCGUGGCUGUUUCUUUCGUGUUCGUUCAGCUUUCGCCAUCAACCCGUUUCUGCGUUGACCUGGUUUGCUUUCUUGCGUUUGCGUUUCUUCCUUCUUGUUGCCUCUGGGUUCUUUUCUUUUCGUGAUGGAUGACAGCAAUGCCGUGCUUUUCCCUCCUCCGGCUCCUCGUGAUGGCAUGUAAUGCUUUCCUUUCCUUCGUUUGUGCUGCUCUUUCGUUCUUUCUUCCUUUUUCGUUUGCUCCUCUUUGACAGCUUUUUCGCUUCCUUGUUCGCGUUACAUGACGAGCGUUUGACGGUUUCCUCUUGCGUCGGUCCUUCCGGCGAUGCCAGUUCUAAACAAAUCUCAUCCGG